UUAUCCUAUAUUCCCACAGCGAAAAACUCUAGUGUCACAGAACGAUCAAACAAACAAACAUGCCUCCGAAUCCCAUGUAAUGUAAGACACUCUCUCUCUACAAAUUUCUCUCUAGAGAUUCGAAGAUGCUUUCAAUGGCAAUCCAACCGAGUGCGAGUGGGGCUUUCAAACCCUAUGCAUUUACAUAUCCCAGUCUGAAGCUAGUUGCAAAAAUACCCUUCCAAAAUUUAAUCUUUGCAAGGCCAAAUCCCAUUUCCUUUCAGUCUCCUACGCUUUCUGAGCUCAAAUUCAAUGGCGGACCGACAAAAUUGAAGCUCUCUGCUUCUUCUUCGGCUCUCGCUGUCGAUUCACUUGCAGUCGCAGUCGCAGAAGAAACGCCCACACCCACUGAGCUUGGAGUAGUUGUGAAGACAACGCAGAAACCAAAGCUUGUGUUGAAGUUCCUUUGGAUGGAGAAGAACAUUGGUCUUGCACUCGACCAUGUGAUUCCAGGCCACGGCACAAUUCCUCUUAGCCCCUAUUACUUUUGGCCUAGGAAAGAUGCUUGGGAAGAGCUCAAAGUGCUGCUUGAGAGCAAGCCCUGGAUAUCUCAGAAGCAGAUGAUUAUUCUCCUUAAUCAAGCCACCGAUAUCAUCAAUUUGUGGCAACAAAGCGGUGGAGAUUUAUUGUAAGGCUUCCAAUUUUUUUCUUGCAUUACUCUUCUUUUGACAUGCUUGAACUUCUCAGGUCAGAUUUAAAUGAAAUAUGUAUUUUAUUUACUUAUCUGUUGACAUGAAUUUUGAGAUCACCUUGGUUUGAUGGAAUUCAAUUAUUUGGAAGUCAUCAAAACUUUGUUUCUUCACAAUUAUAUGAUUUUAUGUAUUGAA